CAAAUCGUGUCAAUAGCCACUCGGGAUUCUGGAGUCUUUUCUCCAUGUCAUAUUAUUAAUGGUGAUAAAUAUUAUUAAUAUAACUGUGUACUUGUAUUAAAAGUGUCAUUUAUCAUAAAAUUUACAUUGCAUAAAACAAUUAGCAUACAAUAGCCAUUACACGUCAAUGCCAAUGUGAAGUAUUCAGCGUUAAACUCACGUAGAUAACUAAACUCGUGGGACGAAUUGACGGACGAUAAUUUUAUUUAAUUAUAUUUACGUCCCUGUUAAUUAAGAUGAUAAUGGCAGGUGACAACAUUGAAGACCCCCGAGGCUUUGACAAUCAUGAAAAACCGGAAAAAUUGGACUGCUGUUUGUACCCAAAUGAUGACGAGUUGCUGGACCCGGUGGAAAUUAAUUGUCCUGAGUUUCAGUUUUCUACUCUGGCUUGUUAUAUCUGCAAUGGGUACUAUGGACCGAGCUUUGAAGAACCUGUUUGUGCUACUUGUCACGCAUUCUUGUUUCCCGAUGAAAUUGGAAUUCGACCAGUUCCAGUAUUCAGUGAGAAAACCGACGAUGAAGAUUCGGGCAACGAUGAGCCAACAGAUUUAUUCUACAAUCCUGAGCGUCGAGUAAGUCAGCCCCAACGUGCGCGCUCCGAAGCUCACUCAAGUUCAGACAACCAGGAAAAAGCUCUCCUGAAGGUUUCAAUAGACCCAGAGAUUUUCAACCACUUGCACGGUCCGGGACCUUCUAACCGUGUUUUCGAGGCGAUAAAAUUGUACCGCUCAGAAGACGUUUCGACCUCGAACGACCCCAACUCUCUGGACCUCUCAGCGUUGUCUCUGCACAAUAUAAUCGACGCGAUAAAGCCUCGAACUCUUGCAGAGCGAGUAGAAGUGCUGAGCAACCACCGUCACCAUGAACACGAGCCGAUAAACGAGCCAGGCCUAGUUGAGCGACUUCCUCCAGAAGUACUUCUUGCAGUUUUCUCUCACCUGGAUGACGUGAGUCUCUGGUCAGCUGCAAAUGUUUGCCGUCGAUGGAACGGAUUGCUGUUGACCCACGUUCCUCCUCAGCAAUGGCAGCAACAUGUGAAGCACCGCUGGCCUCUUUACAAGGCCAUUGGACAUGUUGAGAACUGGUACAAAGUCUACGACCAACUGGCCUCGUCAAUGCCCUGCAGAACUUGUCUGGCUCAGAUGUGUCUGCGUUCGAAGCCCGCUACUAUGGAGGAAAACUCCUGGAGAAGGAACAGACUCCGUAUGGAGUUGAAAAGUUUGAGGAUCGACCCGCCAGAAGGUAUCGAGGCUACUCCUUUAGAUGCCAUGUCUUGUCAUUGGCAGGCUACUAUUACUGGACCUAUUGGUAGUCCUUAUGAAGGUGGGCUGUUUUAUUUGUAUCUCCAGGUGCCUUACAGUUACCCAAUGUGUCCACCGGUAGUAAGAUUCCUGACAAAGAUUCUCCACCCGAACGUAUCAAGGCACGGGGACGUCGGUAUCGACUCAAUCCAACACAACUGGUCGCUGGCUCUUACGAUAUCUAAAGUGUUGAUAAGCGUCCAGAGCUUGCUCACAGAUCCUUACUGUCAGGUUUGCAUGGAGCCGGAGCUCGGUGAUAUGUAUACUAAUGACCGUGAGAGAUUUGAAGAGGUAGCGAGAGCCUGGACCUGGAAAUACGCUAUGCACGACGUGGUAACCCCUCAUUAAUAACUGAUUAUUUAUUAUUUCAACCAUUUAUUACUUACCUUUUAAUUUUAAUUGCAUAUUAUUAAACCUUUAAAUAGAAUUAUAUAUUUUUACGAGAAUCAUUGACUAUUUAAAUUACUGUAAUCAGAAAUUAUACAUUAUAAAUCAAAUAUGCGUAGAUAAAUUUAAAAACAAGUGAUAUAAGUGAUGCUGUAUUGAUUUUAAGUAAUUACUAUUACUAGCGAUAAAAUAAAUGAACCUUGAAUGAGAGUUUUUAGAGGAAGAGACGUGAUGAAUACUGCUGCUGUACAGACUGGGAGGUCUAUGGCUACGCGUAGCGGUCAUUAGGAGUAAACUUUACAGGGAGUUUCCGGUUUCCCGGUGGCCGCAGAUCCUCAUUACAUCUAUUAUAUCUAAAGUGACAGAAUCAUUGGUUCUAUUCUAGCUUAAGGUACACAUUUGAUAUCAGGUAGAUUAUCAAAUCACACUUGAUGGUAGCUCAGAUACAAACAGAUGAUCGUAGAUCAUCACCAGUUGAGGGCGAGGGCUGCACCUGGUAUAAAACUUCCUGUAUGACUUAUCUGCGGCUUUGUUGUCGCUAUGCAAACAGCAAACAUAAUAUAAACAACUGACAAAAUUACCAGCGAGGAUACAAAUAAA